AUGCCCGUUUGCGGGGGUGUUCUGCCGACAAUUCGCGUCCCGAUUGACACCAACGAUCAAUCAGACACGAUAAAGGGAGCUGAAUACAUUCGCGUGUCUAAGUUCUACAAGGACAGCAAGGAAGAUAAUGGACAGUGCCUUGGAUGGAGGGACGGACCAAACAAGCCUUACCAGUGGUUAAACUACAACGAGACACUACUGCGGGCAAAAAAUCUUGGCUCCGGACUCCUGGCCUACGGGUUGACUCCUGGACCACAAACCCUCGUCGGGCUCUACAGCCAGAACAGUCCAGAAUGGAUCCUCACCGAGCAGGCCUGUUACACGUACUCCCUGGUGGUGGUUCCCCUGUACGACACACUUGGACCUGACGCCUGUGCCUAUAUCAUCAACCAAGCGGAAAUUAGUCUAGUCAUUUGCGAGGAUGAUCAGAAGUGCAAUCUGCUGCUCGACAAAGCUCCCAGAUGCCUGAGGAAACUUGUGGUAGUAAAAGAAACACGUCCAGCGACGAUUCAGCGGGCAAAGAACCGCGGAGUUGAGCUACUGCGCUUUGAAGAUGUUGAGCGAAUGGGAGCGCAGAAAAACUACCCGGAAAUUCCGCCGAAGCCUACCGAUUUAUGCACAAUUUGCUACACAUCUGGUACCACAGGACACCCGAAAGGUGUCAUGUUGAGUCAUCAAAAUGUGAUGGCGGGUGUCUGUGCAGUUUUGCUCCAACUUGGUGAUCACAGGCCUACUUCGAAGGAUGUAAUGAUCAGUUUUCUGCCCCUGGCGCACAUGCUGGAGAGGUGUUGUGAAAACGGGAUGUACAUUGUUGGUGGAUCUGUUGGAUUUUACAGCGGGGACAUCAAGCAGCUCCCAGAAGACAUGAAAGCUCUAAGACCUACUGUUAUGCCUGCAGUUCCUAGGCUGCUCAAUCGGCUUUACGACAAGGUCCAAGCAGAACUCCAAUCAUCAUUUUUCAAAAAGAUGAUUUUCAACAUGGGCAUAAGCUCAAAAGAAGCCGAAAUAAAGAAGUGUAUAAUCCGAAGCAACAGUUUUUGGGACAAAUUAGUGUUUAAGAAAAUCCAAGAGUCGAUGGGCGGUAGAUUAAGAUUAAUAGUCGUCGGGUCAGCGCCUCUGGCGGGUAACGUCCUAACUUUUGCACGCUGUGCUCUGGGUUGUCUCAUUGUCGAAGGUUAUGGACAAACUGAAUGUUGCGCUCCGAUCACUCUUACUAUUCAGGGUGACUACAUACCAGAGCACGUGGGACCUCCCGUCGCUUGCUGCUGUGUUAAGCUAGUGGAUGUACCUGAAAUGGAGUAUUGGGCGGCUAAUAACCAGGGGGAGGUCUGUGUUAAAGGCACUAAUGUUUUUUAUGGCUACUAUAAGAAUCCUGAAAAAACCGCGGAGGUUAUUGAUCAGCAGGGCUGGCAUCAUACUGGUGAUAUUGGAAUGUGGCUUCCGAAUGGCUGCCUAAAAAUAAUAGAUCGUAAAAAACAUAUCUUUAAGCUGUCCCAAGGAGAAUAUAUAGUCCCGGAAAAAAUAGAAAAUAUUUAUAUAAGAAGUCAAUAUGUGCAUCAAGUAUUCGUCCACGGUGAAUCACUAAAAUCAUGUGUCGUUGCAAUAGUGAUACCCGACGUAGACGUCGUAAAAUGCUGGGCCCUGGAGAACAAGAUACCCGGUACUCUAAGUGUCCUUUGUGCGAAUCCGGACGUCAAAAAAUUAAUUCACGAGGAUAUGCUCACGUGGGGUCGAGAGGCCGGUUUAAAGUCCUUCGAGCAAGUUAAGGAUAUUUACCUCCACCCCGACCCCUUUUCGAUCCAAAAUGGCCUGCUAACACCGACACUAAAAACAAAGCGCCCUCAACUUAAGGCGUAUUUUAAACCUCAAAUUGAGGAUCUCUAUCAAAAUUUAGACUGA